CUUUGCUUCUAUCUCUGACCCCUGGCCCCUGCAGACUUGCUGGCCAGCUCUUUUGCUUGCUGGCUUCCUGCUGGCUUCCAAACAUGGGAGACACUGCUUGCAAGACAGGAGGAGCCAGGGAGAAGCUGAGUAUUUCCCUGCUGCUGCCUCAGGCAGCAAUUCUGGCAGCAGUUGCAUCUCACCCGGGACACCACCUCCCACCAAGCAGGCCAGCCAUGGUCAGGGCCUGUGCAGGCAGCCCAAGCGGCCUUGGUUAGAGUGACCAGCAGUAACUUGUCGGAAUCAAGUGAGAGAGAGGACACCCAUGAAGUCACCCGCUCAGGACCCCAGAUUGCACCAGGUGUGUCAAGUGGUGAAGAAGCAAGGCCAGAGAGUAGCCAAGCAUCUGAUAUGAUGGAUGCUAUGAAUGUGAGAAACAAGUCUGCUUUACAAAAAGCCAAGGGGAAAAAAAGGUCCAGAACGCACCCAGAAGAAGAUGUGGAUUUUCGGAGUGAUGUACUUCCUGUGACCUGUGGUGACGCGAAGGGGAUGUUACAUAAAAACAAAUUGAGCCAAAGAGGCACGGUGAAGUCCAUAAUGAAAGAGGAUGGAAAAUGGUUCACUCCCAGAGAAUUUGAAGUUGAAGGAGGCCACAAAAACUCAAGUAACUGGAAGCAGAGUGUGCACUGUGGUGGAAAGACCCUAAAAUGGCUGAUGGAGGAAGGAUUUUUACCUCAACCUCCAACAACACAUGGAAGGAAGAAGCAGAAAAACUCAGAUGUAUGUGAGAUCUGCCAGGAUGGAGGGAAGCUGUUCUGCUGUGAUACUUGUUUGAAAUCCUUUCAUGAGGACUGUCACAUCCCACGUGUGGAAACUGAGAGGAGCCCAAGGAGUUGCACCUUCUGCAGGAGAAGCGUCUUCAGGAAGUCGGGAGUGUCACAGGGGAUCUGAGGUCCUGGAGAGGCAGAUGGGGCCUGAGGAGCAGUUGAAAUGUGAGUUCCUCCUCUUGAAAGCCUAUCGCCAUUUAGCGGGCUCCAUAUUUAGGAAG